AUGUCCGGAAGUUCGAGUCCUACCGCUAGAUUAAGUGUCCGGAAACGACAGGAUGCUUCGGUUUCUCUUGACAGGCCACCGCACACCGGGUUCCAGCCCACUCCAUCAAGCCAAACUGACCCCCGUAUUGAAACUCCUGUUGUUCACGACAUUCCCCUCGUUAGCCUACGCCAGGCCCUGCCCGACAAAUUUCGGGCUAUCUUUCCGUACGAACUAUUCAAUGCGGUUCAGUCAAAGUCAUUCCAUACCAUAUACCACACCAAUGACAAUGUUGUUAUCGCUGCACCAACUGGUAGCGGGAAAACGGCAAUCCUCGAGCUCGCCAUCUGCAAGCUGGCUCUUGACCGAGGAAACGAGAACUUCAAGAUUGUUUACCAGGCUCCGACCAAAGCUCUUUGCUCAGAAAAGGCUCGUGACUGGGAAAAGAAAUUUGGCCACAUGAACCUCAAAUGCGCCGAGCUCACUGGCGAUACUUCACAAGCUGAGAUGCGGCGUGUUGGCGACGCUUCCAUCAUCGUCACCACCCCGGAAAAAUGGGACUCCAUCACCAGGAAGUGGCAGGAUCACCGCAGGCUGCUGCAAAUGGUUGAGUUAUUCCUCAUUGACGAGGUUCACAUUCUAAAGGACGUGCGCGGCGCAACUCUGGAGGCCGUGGUGUCGCGGAUGAAGACGAUUGGGGCGAAUGUACGCUUCAUUGCCCUCAGCGCAACUGUGCCCAAUUCCGAUGACAUCGCAAGAUGGCUGGGCCGGAACCACACAACUCAACAACUUCCCGCCCACCGCGAGACUUUCGGCGAGGAAUUCCGACCGGUCAAGCUUCAAAAGUUUGUCCAUGGCUUUGGGAGCAACAGCAACGACUUCAUCUUCGACAAGUUUCUGGAUCAAAAACUACCGGGGCUGAUAUCCAAGUAUGCUCGAGGGAAGCCAAUCCUCGUUUUUUGUUUCACGCGAAAGUCGUGCGAGAGCACCGCAGCAAUGCUAGCAGAUUUUGCGUCUGACCGACCUGACGGCAACGACAUGUGGCCCGUUCCAACGCAGCGUGUCCCAGUUGUCAGCAGGGAGCUGCAAGAGAUUGUCAGAUUUGGUGUCGCUUUCCACCAUGCUGGCCUCGAUCCCCAAGACCGGGCCACUAUUGAGCAGAACUUUCUGAAGGGUCAGUUGGGGGUCAUUUGCUGUACCUCCACCUUGGCUGUUGGCAUCAACCUACCCUGCCAUACCGUCGUCCUCAAGGGAACCGUGGGAUUUGCAGACGAUCAGCUAAAGGAGUACUCCGACCUCGAGGUCAUGCAGAUGCUCGGCCGUGCAGGACGACCCCAGUUCGACGACAGUGCAACUGCCAUCAUCCUGACCCGGUCUGCAAACAAGGAACGCUACCAGAAAAUGGUCUCGGGCCAAGAAAUCCUCGAGAGCACGUUACACCUCAACCUGAUUGAGCAUCUUAACUCGGAGAUCUGCUUAGGCACCAUCCACAACCUGCCAUCCGCCAAAACGUGGCUCGGCGGAACUUUCCUGAGCGUCAGACUCAGGCGCAAUCCCAACUACUACCGGCUCACGGGUGAAACAACCAAUCCUUCUGAGGUUGAUGACAGAUUGGAGGAGAUUUGCGAGCGUGACAUAAAACAACUUCAAGAAACGAAACUUGUCACUGAUCAGGACUCUUUUCACUGCACCGAAUAUGGGCGCGCAAUGUCCAAGUACAUGGUCGAAUUCCAAACGAUGAAAUUGCUGCUACAGAUCCCGCGUGGUGUGGGAAUGGAGGGCUUGAUCACGGUCCUGUCCCAAGCUUUGACCCAGACACAGCACAAGGUUUCCAUCGUGAUCCAGGCGCACCUGGGAUGUGUUCAAUAUCCGGACUCAAGCGGCGCGGCGAAAAUGAGACGGCAGCUCAUGGUCGAGCGAAAGUUGAUCUUUGAGAGACUAAACCGCUUAGUUCGAGCCGUCAUUGACUGCAAGGGCUACGACCGCGACUCCAUCGGGACCAAGACGGCACUCGAGUUGGCCAGAGCACUCGCGGCCCAGUCCUGGGAGGGACGUCCCACACAGCUCACCCAAGUUCCCAGCAUCGGCCCUGUGGGGAUGAGAAAGCUCGCCAGCAAGGACAUACGCACGGUUCUACAACUGGCGGACAAAGAUUACGGCGAGCUUGAGCGUUUGAUGUCCCGGCAGCCGCCCUUCGGGAAAAACUUGCAGGAUCAGCUUGACAAGUUCCCCCGCCUAGCUGUGGAAGCUGCAGUCGUUGGCCAUCGAGUUCACCCAAAGUCGGACGACCCGGUUCUUAUUGAAGUGAAGGCAACGCUACGGUAUCUAAACCGCAAGGGCCCGCCGAAUUGGUCAAACCGCAUGCCGGCUCUGACCUUCCUCGCCGAGACUGAUAACGGAACUCUGGCGUACUUUUGGCGUGGGAGUAUCAGAAAGCUCGACAAGCAGGCGGGCUUCGAGCUCAAAUUCUCGGUUGGACUACGACACGUGAAAGAUCGCGUAUUCUGCCACUUCAGCUGUGAAGAGAUUGUUGGAACAAUUGUGUCAACGACUGUCGAGCACAAGUUGCCCGCGUCCGUCUUCCCAGUUCGCCAAGUUCCGGCAGAUGGAAACUUCAGCCAAGAGUACAGUGAUAACGAUGGGCUUGAUGAUUCGGACCUCAUUCUAGUUGCCGAACAAGCAGUCGUUCAAACAUCAGGAAAGCAAAAAGCUGAAACCGCCCCGGAACAAAGUUUGGACGACUAUUCAUCGGUCGAGGAGCUGGUGGAGAUGAGUUGUUCACUCUCGGCUGACAACUCUGACGACCAUUUGAGAGAUCGUGAUGACGAGGAAGAGAUGGGCUCCACGCAAAUGGCCACUCGGGAACCCAUUCGGCUGCCAAACGGCAAAUGGCGGUGCAACCACCCCUGUGCUGGGGGAGCGCUCACGAGAUCCGGUAAGCCCUGCGGUCAUCGGUGUUGUAAGGACGGCCUUGACAAGCCACGCAAGCGACCUUUGCAGCGCCCGAAAAGAAACGCAGAGGAACCGAUGGGUGAUCUACCCAGCACAACGCAAUCCCAGUUCUGGCCCUCGCAGAGGCAACCGCAACAGAAACUGCAGCUCUCAGUGAGAAACGGAGCAAAACGGCAGAAGAUAGAUGCCGCGCCAUCAUUCACCCGGACCACACUAGCCCCUGAUCCUAGACACCUUACCAAGACGCCAAAGAACGACUGGGACCCUGCCGGUUUUGACGACCUGGCCCUGGAAUGUAUUGACCUUUCAUACACAGAUGACGAAAACGACGACAUAUUCCAACCGCUGGGAGUUGCUGUUGUUACAAGCCAUGGGAGUGAUGCUAACGCCUCGAUCACAAAGGGGAAAGAAGCCCUAGGCCAUGCCCAAACCGCGGAACCAACACACACAGAGAGCCGGCCUGCUGCGAAAGCGGUGACUCGGCAAAGUGAUUACCAGGACGACGAUUUGGAUGAUCAGGAGUUCUCGUUCCUUCAAGAUAAUAUUCCCUCAAACAACAAACUCAUCGCCCCAGCCACAGAAGCCGCUUUCAAAUCAGGAGCAAGCGACGAAGUUCUGUACCAAGGACAACGCGGACCGUUCACUGAUACCGCCACCAGCUCUCCCGACCAUGCCACCCCCGGUGGUAUGACAGCAACGGCGCGAUCACGAAAUACGUCUGGGAGUUCGAGUACAGUCAUUUCCGCUGAUGACGCUCCUGGGAUGAUCUCGGACCCGUUGCCGAGUAGUUCGACGGGGGCCGACCCCGCUGUGUCGCCUCCAAACAAGACCGGAAAGGAAACCGACGCAGUCAGGAACGCUAAUACCGAUAAGCAGCAGCCCAAGAAGGGCAGCAGCAAUGAACCCGACUGGGUUGCCGACUUUGAUCCGGAGUUUGUUGACAUGUUCAGAGGUUACGUGACGUUCGUUUAA